AGACAGAUAACCACUCCACGUAUAUAAAUCUGUCCAACUCAACGAAGAGAGUCACUUUUACGCAAAGCUUUCCUUAUAACGCUCCUAAUUUUGAAACUUUCUAAAAUUAGUAAUGGAAAAGUCAAAAAGUACUCGGCUACUCAACAGCGAUGUCAGCCCAGCAACUUCGACUGGCAGAGCCGUGUUGGAAGCGGCUAGAGCAGCGCUGGAUGUUCCAAGAAAUUAUGGAUACCGGACGCGUUACAACCACCCACAUGGCCGUGCGCAUGCCUGAGGUUUUACAAAAUAUGACCUCCUUUUUGCCAACGACAAACCUGCUUGUGUGCACCCAGGUCAACGCGGGAUGGGAAGUUGCAGCCAGGAAUCAACUCCGAGCCCGCAUCAUGAUCGAUUUGUCGGCCGAAUGUAGCAAAAGUUACUUAAAUGUGAUGCAAGUCCGAUCAAAUUACCACCAACGGGUCGAAUUAAGUUGGAAACGGGAAGAAAAAAUUAUCCAGUUUCUCCCGCGAUUUAAACAUUUUGCUGAACAGAGCCGGGGUAAAGUGAGACAUGUGAUUACCGAGUUCUUCUUGGGCGGGCGGUCAUACUCGGAGAAGUUUUUCAAAAUUAUCAAAUCUCUAGGGACGCAAGUGACGUCGUUAAACUUAAAACUAUUCUGUGAAUAUCCUAACAAAGCGUAUAUUUCUAGGAAAGUUAAGAACAUGUCCACCUUCUUGACACACUUCAACCCUGGACAAACCCUGGUCUUCCCAUCCAUCACUAAACUGGGAUUAAACCUACACCAGGUCACCGGAUGUGACCAGUGUCCUCUAAUCCUUGCCAAAUUUGCCGCCUUAUUCCCUAAUGUGUCCACGCUGGAAUACAUUUGCAGUGGCGGGGACGCCUUAAAAUUCCUGUUUUUCACGAAACCCUCCCCAUUUCCGAAGUUGAUCUCGUUACGCCUCCGCGAAUCUGGGUCGCACGGGCAUUAUGACGGUCAACCCGUUUCACCUGCCUGGUUCACCAACAAUAUUACCCGUUUUGAAUUUAACGUGACACCCCAAAUGAGUUCAUGUCCGGCUCUACUCCAAAUUUUGUCCCCGGUUUUGGAACACUUGAAAAUCACCGGGCUGGAUGGGAGAAGGUUCGUGAGGUGGGAUGUUAAAGAUCUCGUCAUUCCGAUCAUGCCGAACCUCAAGGUUUUUGCUGUCAGUAGGAUCACAUCAAUUUAUGACACCUCCUUCAACGAGGGCCAUGUUGGGGUGAAAUUCGAAACUGAAAAUCCUUUGGGUAAGAUUGAUUACAAGGAGCAGUUCCCCGCACUGCAAGUACUUUCGGUGAAAAAUGAGGGCGAAACUGAGUGCGAGUUUGAAUCCACAGUACAAUUUUUGUAUUAUACUUUCCUCCCGGAAAAUAUUUCCGUGUGCGAAACGCUGCAGAAAUUAUACUUCCCGCACCUGCCCAGGGACAAGGUCAGUUUGAGCUGGACCACGCUGGUAGACAGGAUUGUCGCCACGUUUCCAAAUUUGAAACAUAUGAUGGGCCACAUUUUGUAAAUAGGUGGGUGAUGAGUGGGUAGAUUUUUGGAGAAGAUGGAAUUAGGAGGGUGGUUUUGAGAAUUUUUUGGGUUGAAAUCUACGUAUUUUAGUCCGGAUUUCCUUAAUCUUACAUAAGUGUAAGCUGCUUCAACGUAUGGAGGCAAGUCUAAUUACGGACGAAAUUAAUGACCAAUUUUUUUUUAGCUAAUUCCACGACUAAAAGUACUUAGUAAAAGUUAUAUAUGUAACAUUUAAUUAUUUAAUAUAUGCAUUUUAUAAUAUUUCAUAGUAUUUAAUGAGGCAAUUCGCGCACCCCUUGGUAACAUUGUAAACAGCGUAAAAUCCGAAAACUUACAAACUUUUACAAAAAUUUCCGAGGAAAAUGAGCUUACAAACUUUUGUAAGCUUAGGCAGGUCAAGGGCGUUUUUCUAUUUUGUAAAAUAUUUUGUAAACUUACAGACUUUACAAUGUUACCAAGGGGUGCGUGAAUUGCCUGAAGAUCUCGCUAAGUGUUUACUUAGAAUAAAUAAGUUUGUUUGGUACAAAUUAGAUAAUAUUUAGUAAAGAAAUUGAAUCUCGUCAUCAUGACAAUUUUCCUGGAGUUGGUUAACUCCAAUAAUUGAGUGGUAAGUACUGUCCAUAAUAUCUUACUUCCCUUCUCGAUACACUUUGUACCCAUUUUUGAUAUAUGUAUGUACUUUCCCAGCAAUAGAAUUUAAAUAUCGAAUAAUAAUUAAUUGCUCGUAAUAAUGGCAACAGAGAUUGAUAAAUCUUAUUUAAUAAAUCAGUGUCCCUCGAGACAAAUGAAGUACGUAA